AUGUGCUUUUUUAGUCUAUCACUUUUAUUAUUUCGUUUUGUUCUUUCUCCAUUACACAUCAAAUGUGAUCAUUUGAAUAAUAUUCCAUUUAAACUAAACUAUGUUUCUCUAUGGGGAGAAGAAAACAUGAUGAUUCUUGACCAAAACAAUGAAGUUCAACUUACGUUCAAUCAAUAUUCAGGUUCUGGUUUUACGUCGAGGCAACAAUAUGGUUCUGGAGUGUUUAGUAUGGAAAUUAAAAUGCCUCAAAAGGAUUCUACAGCUGUGAUCACGACCUUCUAUUUGAUUUCAGAUGGUGGACCUACUCGAGAUGAAAUAGACUUUGAAUUUUUAGGUGGAAAUAACGAACGACCUUAUAUAUUGCACACAAACAUUUUUACUAAUGGAUAUGGUAAUAGAGAGCAACAAAUUCAUCUUUGGUUUGAUCCAACUCUUGAUUUUCAUAAUUAUACGCUUCUUUGGAAUGAAAAACAAUUAGUAUUUUUUGUGGAUGAAAUACCUAUAAGAGUGUUCAAGAAUACAACAAAUAAAGGAGGGAGUUAUUUCACAAAGGCAAUGAAGAUUGAUGCAACAAUAUGGACAAGUCCAUGGGGUUCUGGUGGAAUUCCAAUUAAUUGGAAUGAUGCACCUUUUCAAGCUCACUACAAAGGAUUUGGCAUCAAUGGUUGUCAAACUCAAAGUAUCAGUACCAAUAUCACACAAUGUAAUUCUUCUAGAUAUUGGUGGAAUCAUGAAAAAUUUUGGGAGCUAAAUUAUCAGCAAAUUCAAGCUUACAAAAAUGUGAGGGACAAAUAUUUGAUUUAUGAUUAUUGUGCUAAACAACCACAAAAUCUUGAGUGUAGUCAAAGAUCCAAUAACUUUCACUAUUAG